CCCACACAUAUACAUUUGUUUUGGAAUGAACCAAUGUACAGAAACUGCAAUAUAUUCGUUUGAUCAUCAAUGUUCUUAAUGUGAAUGAUGGACAGAGAAGACCGUAGACGUUUCUUUGUAAUUGGGUCGGUGUUUCUAGAAGUUGUUACUCCUGUGUUUAGACGUCAACUAGAGAACAACUAUACUAAAGUUGGAUAUAGAUGUCUGCAAGAUUUCCUAAACAACCAACCAGUAGUUCACACCUUGUUCCAUUUAAAUCACAGAUAUACAUGGUACUGCUGUGUAGAUAGCCAAAACUGUAUUGGCAGACAAAAACUUCCUCUAAAUAACUACCAAUGGGACCUGUUGUAUACAGAGAAUCCUGGACCUGGUAAACACCACUGUCACUGUAAAUAUACAGCUAAACCUGUCCUACUCGAUGACCUUGAUAUCACCUUGAUGGGACUUGUCCUUGUCAACUGCUUCACUCUUGGUCCAGCUGAAGCGCAGGCAGUCAGGUCUCUCAGGCAUUACAAGAAUGAUUACCUUAGCCAUAACACAAAUAGUGGUAUACCUGAGCCAAAGUACAAUUCACUGUGGCCAGAUCUUACAUAUCAUGUCCUUCAGCUUGACCCCACCAGACAGAGUGACCUUGAUGAAAUGAAGAACAGACCUCUUGAUGAACAACUUUGUAAACAAUACUACAUACACCUUUUAGAUCUCAAUAAGAGAUUUGAAGAGAUUGGAGUUUACCUCAAAGAGACGAAUACUUCUGUACAAGGGAUAAGAAAGGAUGUCCACGGGAUAAGUACAUCCUAACAAAGUAUUGGAUGGAAUGUUCGUGGCAUAGGUGGAUCAGUACAAGCGGUAAACACAACCCUACAAGGCAUAGAAAGAGCAGUGCAAGGAGGAAACACUACCUUACAAGGCAUAGAUGGAUCAGUACAAGGGAUGAACACUUCCCUACAAGAAAUAAACUCAUUUAUCCAGACAGCUGUACAAGGAAUACCUCUGAUAGAUGAUGCAUUACAGAAACUCCUCUACUAUGCUGAAAAAGGAGCAACCUGUACAUGCAAAGGACAAAAUCCUGAUACCAAUGGACAAGAAAGAAAAUCCUACAAUCUAGGACAAGAUGUAUUCUAUCAAUAUCUUCAAUUUACUACAGCACCUUUAAGCGAUUCUUCCCCUGGUGACAUUGUUGUGAUAACAGAUGAUGGACAUGUGGCCUGUUUAAAUCAUGUUAAUGCUUCAAUGAAGAUUUAUGAUACAGAUGGUUCACAUGUUGGUACAAUACCACUAGAGAGGGAGUCAUGGGAUAUGACUGUUGUCAACAACUCUGCAGUAGCUGUUACACUGCCUGACUUUUGCUGUAUAGACAUAUUUGAUAUACACAAUGAACAGAUAGUGAAAUCAAUACAAUUAACAACAAUGUGCUUUGGCAUUACAACUUUAAAGAACACUUUAGUAGUAGGCUGUGAUAGAAGAACGUUGAUAAUUGAUCCUCAGACAACGAAGGUAGAGAACACCAUUGAUACUGGUGAUUAUAGUCCUACCAGACUGUGUUGUUUUAAUGGUGAUAUAUUUUACACAGUUGGUACUCAAUGUCACGACCUGUUCCAUUACAGUCACUUUAAUAAGAAUAUUUCCAAAGUACAGUUACCAUCAAGAUCAUUGAGUAUGACCACACUACAAGAUGGCAGUGUUUAUGUGAUAUGUGACGAUAGUUCAGUACAACAUGUGUCAUCUGAUGGAAAGAAAUAUAAAAGAGUUACUACAAAGGGACUUAGAUCACUGGGAUCGACAGGUGGAAUAAAUUAUAAUCCUGAACAAAAGAAACUGGUCGUUACUGGAGACUCAAUUACAGUGUUUAAUGAAUACUAGUUGGGCCUGUGUGCAUAAAACAAAAGCCCUACUAAUUAAGCGCUGAUUGGUUAAUUCAAAGUUAGCUAUGAAUCUCAUUGGUUAAUUAGUAUGAUCUCGAAAAACAAUUAGUAAACGAGAAGCACAUGCGGCAGUGACUGGGAAACCCCAUUGCUGAUUGGUUAAAAACCUAGACAUGCGAGUAACUACUGACCAGCAUUCCAAAACGUAUUAUGUAUUAAUACUCUAUUUAAAUAAAAUAGUUCCAUUAAUUCAUAACACUGUCCCACCCAGAUCCUCCCUUAUUAUGCUAUUGAAUGUCAGGUGUACCAAUAACCAAUUUGCUAUAUCUUUGGUGCCCUGACCGAAUGCUGAAGAGUUACAGUGCAGAUAAAGGCACCUGAUUUACACUUAACAGAGUUCAGUAAAGGGACCAAGAAACGCCAGCUGGUUAUAGUACGUAUAAAGGAAUAAAGUAAACAGACACAGGUUCGGGAGAAAGAAUCACAGUUUAAUAUUUUCUUUGCAUAUCAAUAAAGCAAUAAACAUAUUUACAAAGAAAGCAAAAUCAAGUUGAAAAACUGUG